GCCGGAGUCAAUAAGGUUUACGCUUUGGUGUCCCUUAAUAACCCCAACAACAACUUUUCUGUUAUAGUGACCGCAUGUGAAGAAAGAUGUCUUCUCGGCGGCCAGAACUGCAAGCACCACCACAAGUGUAUUAUGGAGUCGAUGAAGCUCGCAAAUACACUCAGAAUUCUCGGAUAAUUGAAGUACAAGAAAAAUGCACAGAACGAGCUCUGGAAUUGCUGGCACUCCCAGAUGACACUCCUGCCCUACUGCUGGACCUUGGCUGUGGCUCUGGACUCUCUGGUGAAGCUAUAACAGAGCAUGGACACAUGUGGGUUGGCAUGGACAUAUCUCCAGCAAUGUUAGACACUGCACUGGAAAGAGAAGUAGAAGGAGAUAUGUUGCUUGCAGAUAUAGGUCAAGGGGUUCCCUUCCGUGCUGGUAUGUUUGAUGGAGCCAUUAGCAUUUCAGCUAUCCAGUGGUUGUGCUAUGCAAACUCAGCCAGCCACAAACCAGCCAAGAGAUUAUACAAGCUCUUCAUGUCUUUAUUUGCAAGCAUGGCUCGAGGAAGUCGUGUUGUAUUUCAAUUCUACCCUGAGAACGACUCGCAAGUGGAGCUGAUAGUGUCACAGGCUAUGCGUGCAGGAUUUACUGGUGGUCUUGUGGUUGACUAUCCCAACUCGUCCAAAGCUAAGAAGAUAUACUUGGUGCUGAUGACAGGUGGUGGUUCACUUCCCAGUGGUUUACAGGAUGAAGGAAGCAGCAACAGCAGCCAGGCACUCUAUCAGCGUAGAGAACGCAUGAAGCAGAUUCGCAGUGGUCGCCUGCCAAAGCGAGCGUGGAUCAUGCAGAAAAAGGAACGGCGAAGAAAGCAGGGCAAGGAGGUGCGGCUGGACUCUAAAUAUACAGGCCGGAAAAGAAGUAGUAAAUUUUAAUGUGUGUAUAUUUGCAUAAUUAUUUGUUUUGCUUGACAUAAAAUAACUGUAGAAUUUAUAUACAGUAUGCAAAUUAAAUAAAUGUAAUGAUUUUA